AUGGCUGACAAGGAGCAGCGAGCUGGGAGGAGUGAGCGUGCUGGGAAGCUGCCCCAAGCUGAGAAGAAGCUCCACGAGGCUGUUUGUGUGCUGCUGGUGGAGCUGUGCGAGAGGUUCACCUUCUUCGGCAUCGUGUGCAACAUGAUCCUCUUCUGCACCGCCAAGCUCGGCUACCGCAGCCACCAGGCAGCCAUGGUCAAUAUGUGCUUCGUGGGCACCUCCACGCUGACACCAGUGCUGGUGGGCUGGCUGGCAGAGUACCUGGUGGGGAGGAUCAAGCUGGUGUGCAUCUGCAUGUUCCUGCACUUCCUAGGCACAGCACUGUUACCUGUGGUGUCAUUCCCCUUUGAAGACAUUCACAUGGACAGACGCCACAUUCUUCUCACCCUGCCCAAGAGGGAGCAGAAAAUCAUCUUCUACUUUGCCCUCCUCACAGCCAGCCUGGGAAUAGGAGGCAUAAGAGCCAUUGUGUGUCCACUGAGUGCCUACAGCCUCGAGGACUGUGGCCCAAAGGAGCUGCUCUCAUUUUUCAACUGGUUUCAUUGGUUGGUUAACUUGAAUUCAGCAGUGGUCUUUGUCAGCAUUUCUUACAUCCAGCAGUCCGUGGCCAGGAACCUUGGCUUUCUUAUCCCAUUUGUGUCUGGGCUUAUGGCUAUGAUCACAAUUCACAUGGUUCGGGGUGAAAUGAUUUACAAACCCAAAACAGACAGCUCCCUGCUGACGACUUUUGGGGUCAUUUUUAGCGCCCUGAAGACGUGUGGUGUGCGGUAUCGCUACUUGAGCACAGCCCUGGCCAGCUGGCUGGACCAUGCCAAGGAAAACCAGGGUGGUCAGUACAGCGAGAGCCAGGUGGAAGGCACCAAGUCACUCACCAGACUCUUCCCCUUGUUCACUUUCCAGAUCCUGUACAGAACGUGCGUUAUGCAGAUUCCUUCAGGAUAUUAUCUCCAAACCAUGAAUUCCAACUUGCACUUCAGUGGAUUUGUCUUGCCAGUUGCAGCAAUGAACGUGGUCAGCAUCGUGCCCCUACUGAUUCUUGUUCCUGUUUUGGAGUGCGUUAACUCAUGGCUCUUUAGCUCCAAGGACACUGGACACUCUCCAACAAUUUACAUUGUUGUAGGUCACUUAUGUGCUGCACUUUCUGUGAUGGUUGCUGGCUUCUCUGAGAUGCACCGAAAGCACUUCCCUCAGGUGGAGCAGACUCUCUCUGAGGAGGUUCUCCUGGUCUCCUCCAUGCCCUGCUUCCACUUGGCUCCUCAGUACAUCCUGCUCGGAGUGGCUGAAGCCUUGGUAACUCCCUCCUGUUCCUUACUUUCAUUCCAGCUUGUGCCUGAAAGAAUGAGAGGGAUUUCCAUGCAUUUUUUAGCUCUCUUUAAUGGAGCUGGCUGCUUUUUGGGAGCUCUCUUUGUUCAGACAGCCCACACAGGCACUCAAGGCAACUGGUUCCCACACUUGCUGCAUGAAGGGAAAUUGGAGAGAUUCUUCUUCUUCUUGGCUUCCUUAAUGAUGGUGAACACCCUGGGGUUCUGGACCAUUGCACACAGAUACAACAAUCUGCAUGAGGAUUGCACCAAUGAAUUCAGAAGAAUUCUUCCUGGAGAAAAACUCUUGAAGCAUGAAAAAGCCAUCAAGCAUUAUAAUGCUGUCCUGGAAAGUUCUCCCAUUUUGUCUCCUGUGGAGAAAACCUGA